AUGGACAACUCUUACAAGAUGGCGAGCUCAGACGUGGAUUAUUACGACACGGAGACCGUCACGGCGGACGAUGACAGCUUGACCAAUUCCACGACGAACAUGUGCGAAAUGCCAGGGUCCGCAGCACUGUCGUCGACACCGUUUGUGGCGCUCGUUGUCGUGUUGUACGGCGUCAUAAUGCUGGGGUCGGUGGUGGGCAACGGGCUCGUCGUGUACACCAUCACGGGGAACAGAGCAAUGCGCACAGUGACCAACCUGCUGCUGCUGAACCUCGCGCUGGGCGACCUGCUGCUUACGCUCGUGUGCAUUCCCUUCGUCGCGCUGCCGGUGCUCAUCUUGCAGCACUGGCCCUUCGGCCUGCUGCUGUGUCAGCUAGUCAGCUGCGUCCAGGGUAUCGGCGUGCUGGUGAGCGCGUACACGCUGAUCGCAGUGAGCGGGGACCGCUACCGGGCUCUACGCUGGCCACUGCGCGCGCGGCUUGAGGUUCGCGGUGCGCUGCGUUUCAUGGUCUGCAUCUGGUUGGCCGCCGCCAUCACAGCUGCGCCCAUCGGCAUCACGUCUCAGCUCUCGCAGCCGACCGAGUGGCAUCAGACCUGUAGCCGGUUUAUGUGCCGCGAGGAGUGGGCCAACGAGAGUCACCGCUACGCCUACACGUAA